AUGGCCUCUCAACAGCAGAAGCUUCACUUUGCGUUGUUUCCGUUUAUGGCUCCAGGCCACAUGAUCCCAUUGAUAGACAUUGCUAAAUUGCUUGCGCAAGAAGGCAUGAUCAUCACCAUAUUCACCACCCCACAUAAUGCAGCCCGCUUCAAAGCAGUUAUUGACCGUGCCACAAAAUCCGGGCUCCAAAUCCGAGUAAUCCAGCUGAAAUUCCCAUGUGAAGAAGUCGGAUUACCUCUAACGUGUGAGAACUUUGACAUGGUACAUUCACACGACAUGACCUUCAACUUCUUUGCAGCAAUCGCCAUGCUACAACCUCAAGUGGAAAAACUGUUUGCGGAGCUAACUCCGAGACCAAACUGCAUAAUCUCAGACAUGUCUUUGCCAUGGACAAUCAACAUCUCUCGCUCGUUUCACAUUCCCAGGAUCUCUUUCAGUGGAACAUGUUGCUUCUGUUUCUUGUGCCUCCGCAAUGUGCGCAUAUCCAAUGUUCUUGCGAGUACAGCCUCAGAAGUGGACUAUUUUGUUGUUCCUAACGUGCCUGAUCGAAUCGAGAUGAACAAAUCUCAGCUACCAGCGCCUCUAACUCCAAAAUUGAUUGAUUUUAGUAGAGAAAUGUUUGCCGCUGAGUACGAUUUUUACGGCACAAUUAUGAACACUUUUGAAGAGUUGGAACAAGCGUAUGUGGAAGACUACAAGAAGGCAAGAAAUGGUAAAGUGUGGUGUGUUGGCCCUGUUUCACUCUGCAACAAAGAUGACUUGGACAAAGCACAAAGGGGUCACAAGGCCUCGGUUGAUGAACAGCACUGCUUGAACUGGCUUGACUCUCAGCAACCAGGUUCUGUACUUUAUGCUUGUCUUGGAACUCUAUGCAAUGCCGUCACUGAGCAAUGGAUAGAGCUUGGACUAGGGCUGGAGGCAUCAAAGAAACCUUUCAUUUGGGUUUUGAAAGAAGGGUUUCGAUCCGAAGAGUUGGAAAGGUGGAUUGCAGAAAGUGGUUUCGAGGAAAGAACCAAGGAAAUGAGCCUCUUGAUUCGGGGUUGGGCUCCGCAGACACUGCUAUUGUCACACCCUGCCAUUGGGGGUUUCUUGACACAUUGUGGUUGGAACUCAACACUAGAAGGCAUAUGUGCUGGCCUACCUAUGAUCACAUGGCCUUUGUUUGCAGACCAAUUCCUCAAUGAAAAACUAGUACAACAGUUUCUAAAGAUUGCUGUGAGGGUUGGAGUGGAAUAUCCAAUGAAGUGGGGGGAGGAGGAGGAGAUUGGGGUGUUGGUGAAGAAGGAAAGUGUGAAGGAAGCAAUAGACAAGUUGAUGGAUGGAGACGAAAGCGAAGCGAGAAGAGAUCGAGCCAGAGAGCUUUCGAAAAUGGCUAAAAAAGCAGUGGAAGAAGGCGGAUCUUCCCACCGUAACAUAGCACUACUAAUCGAAGACCUCAUUCAACAAGGAAAUUCCACAGAGAAAUACUAA